UAAGAUGUCAACUAGAACACCACUACCUACGGUGAAUGAACGUGACACGGAAAAUCACACCUCGCACAGUGAUGGGCGUAAUGAGGUGGUCACGCGUCCUGGCCGUUCGGGUGCCCGCUGUAGGAACUCCAUCGCUUCUUGUGCCGACGAACAGCCACACAUCGGAAACUAUCGGCUGCUCAAAACCAUUGGGAAGGGGAACUUCGCCAAGGUCAAACUGGCACGACACAUUCUCACAGGACGAGAGGUGGCCAUAAAAAUCAUCGAUAAGACACAGCUCAACCCUACCAGUCUUCAGAAGCUCUUCAGGGAAGUCAGAAUAAUGAAGAUUCUAAACCAUCCAAAUAUUGUAAAGCUGUUUGAGGUCAUUGAGACAGAGAAGACUCUGUAUCUCGUGAUGGAAUAUGCUAGCGGAGGGGAGGUGUUUGACUACCUCGUUGCACAUGGCAGGAUGAAGGAGAAGGAGGCCAGGGCUAAAUUUAGACAGAUCGUAUCAGCCGUGCAGUACUGUCAUCAGAAACACAUCGUUCACAGAGACCUGAAGGCGGAGAACUUGUUGCUGGAUGCUGACAUGAAUAUAAAGAUAGCAGAUUUUGGAUUCAGUAAUGAAUUCACACUAGGAAACAAGCUGGAUACGUUUUGCGGCAGUCCACCCUACGCCGCCCCCGAACUUUUCCAGGGGAAAAAAUAUGACGGUCCAGAGGUAGACGUGUGGAGUCUCGGGGUCAUCCUGUACACCCUGGUCAGCGGCUCACUGCCCUUCGACGGCCAGAACCUUAAGGAACUCCGGGAACGCGUAUUGAGAGGAAAGUACCGAAUCCCAUUCUACAUGUCUACAGACUGCGAGAACCUCCUCAAACGCUUCCUAGUUCUCAACCCUGCCAAGAGGGGCACACUGGAGCAAAUCAUGAAGGACAGGUGGAUUAAUGCUGGCUGUGAGGAGGAUGAGCUGAAGCCUUUUGUUGAGCCAGAGUUGGAUGUCUCUGACCAAAAGAGAAUAGACAUUAUGGUUGGGAUGGGCUACUCGCGAGAAGAGAUCCACGAAUCUCUUACCCGGAUGAAGUAUGAUGAUAUCACCGCCACUUACCUUUUACUGGGAAGAAAAUCCACUGAGUUGGAGGCCAGUGACUCUAGUUCUAGCAGUAAUCUGUCGCUGGCCAAAGCCAGGCCUAACAGUGAACACAAUAAUGGCCAAUCACCUUCUCACCUCAAAGUCCAAAGGAACAUCUCAUCCAGUCAGAAGCAGCGUCGUUACAGUGACCAGGCUGGUCCAUCCAUUCCUUCAGUGGGUUACCCUAAGAGGAGCCAGACCACUGCAGCCGACAACGACCUCAAAGAGGAAGGGGCUGCCCAGCCGCGGAAGUCCAGCUCAUCUGGGAGCCGUGGUAUGGCCCCUCCCAGCCCCAUGCUGGGCAAUGCCAACAACCCCAACAAGGCUGACAUUCCUGACCGCAAAAAGGGUUCCACAGCCCCGAACUCAGUAUCUGGUGGGAUGACCAGAAGGAACACAUACGUAUGCAGUGAGAGGAACGCUGCAGACCGUCACUCAGUCAUUCAGAACGGCAAAGAGAACAGUCUGAGCGAAAUGUCGGCGUGUGCCACAAGCCCGUCGGCGUACACCGCCGCUCUCACUGCCUCCUCUGCGUCUGUCCGCCUGCGCCAUCAGAAAGCCGUAUCCCUGUCGGCCUCUGGCCACUCCUGCCGUGCCACGCUGCCCCCAGCCGAGGCCGCUGCCACCGACAUCUUCAGGCCCAAUACUGCAACAGCACCAAGUCAACGAAACCCUGGAGCCUCCACCCACAGCAUCAGCAGUGCCACGCCCCCAGACCGCCUCCGUUUCCCACGAGGCACAGCGAGCCGUAGCACCUUCCAUGGCGGUCAACUUAGGGAGCGGCGCACUGCCACUUAUAAUGGACCACCUGCAUCACCAACCCUUUCCCACGAUGCAACACCCCUCUCCCAGUCACGCAGCCGUGGCUCCACCAACCUCUUUACCAAACUCACGUCCAAGCUCACACGCAGAAACAUGUCGUUCAGGUUUACAAAAAGAGUGCCCGCUGAGUUUGAGAGAAAUGGCAGAUACGAGGGCUCAAGUCGUAAUGUGUCUGGGGAUCAGAAGGAGGAGCAAAAGGACACCAAACCCCGCUCACUGCGCUUCACCUGGAGCAUGAAGACCACCUCAUCCAUGGAGCCCAACGAGAUGAUGCGUGAAAUACGUAAGGUCCUUGACGCAAACAACUGCGAUUACGAGCAACGUGAACGCUUCUUACUCCUCUGCGUACAUGGCGAUGGACACGCCGAGAGUCUCGUCCAAUGGGAAAUGGAGGUCUGCAAGUUGCCCCGCCUCUCGCUCAAUGGCGUGCGCUUCAAGCGAAUUUCAGGAACAUCCAUCGCAUUUAAGAACAUUGCCUCCAAAAUUGCCAAUGAAUUAAAGCUCUAAAAAAAGGAGAA